AAAACCUUCUCCUUUUCUCUCCUUCAAUCUGGAAUUCUCUAUGGAUUUAUGAAUGAUCGCGUCCCCCAUUUGCUCUAAAGCUCAACGAUUCUUGGAGUGGCUAACAAGAUUGAAGAACCAAUGAAACUGGAAUAUACUAAUACUCUAGAAAGAGUAAUCAUGUCAGCUGAGCAGUUGAAGCAUGAAGAGAGUUCAACGGAAGCAUUAUCAUGUCAAAUGGCUACGGAAUUGAAUCAGAAGAGAGAUAUAGUCGCUGCACAUAUUUUGGUCCAGAUGGCCAAUGAAGAUUCUGUGUUGCUUCAUCAGAGGUUAAGUUUGCACGGCUUGAAGCAUAACAUGAAAGGGAAGCCGAGAAUGAGGUGGAAAAUGAUAGGUGAUAGAGUAGGAGAGGGUGAUAGUCAUUCUGAAGUGGCUAGGAGAAAGGCCAACUUUGUUGCAAAGCGCCAGAAAGCUGCAGUUAGAGGUCCAGUGAAUGCUGCAGAUAGUGUAGUCUUAGCUUUAGCAGCAAUGCCAUGUUCUGGAAAGAGAAAACGUAAAAAGCUGAACAUUGGUCUUCCACUAUCUUCUCCUGGACCAGGGUUUAUGAACUGUAAUGUCAGUGAGGACCGGUAUGACAAUUUAUAUGAAGAGGGUGGAUAUUUGGAUGGUCACGAGCUGACUAAGAGAUGGGGAAAUAAUCAUCAGAAGUCAUGUGAAGCUUUCAUUGCGGAUCACCAUGGUCAAAUGAGCGUGUUAAGAGAAGAAAAUAUACAUGUUGCAGGCCCAGUAAACAUACCUAGACAUAUGAAGAAUGAUGUCAGAGAGGAAGAUGAUGACGAUUUGCAUGAGAUGUGGCAGGUUUUGGAUAGUCAUGAGACCACUGACAGAUGUAGGAACAAUGAUCAGAAACCAGUUGGAGCUGGUUGUGAGGAUCAUCACGAUAAAUUAGGCAUAUUAAGUGCAAGGAAGCGGAAAGAAGUGAUAGGAUCCUACUUUAAAAGGGAUUCUGAGGAUGUUGCAGUACCAGUAAAAAUGCCCUUCAAAUUGCCAGUUCGAACUGUUGAUAGACUUCAUCCAGUUGGGAGCCCUCCUCCACCACCUCUGGCUUCAAUGGAACCAUCAUUAAAUGACAAUGAAAGGUUUAGGCAUGUGAGACGUAGGAGGAACAUCGCCACUUUCAGGCCGAGCUCCAAAGAAGUAAGAGCCUACUUUCAUAAGGAGGAAGCUUUGAGGUACUUAGUCCCGGAUAGGGGAUUUUGUUACACAGCACUGGAUGGUAGAAAGUCUGCGGUCGCUCCUGUACGAAAAAAGAACAACAAAUGCAUAGAUCAUGUUAUGCUUAGAGCUGAUAGGCCACUGGUUGUCUCUAUAUACUGUCUUGUGCGGGAUGCAGCUGCCAGAUUACCUGGAGGUAUGGGUACCAGAGCAGAUGUAUGUACACUCAUGCGGGACUCACAGUAUCUACUUGAAGAUGUCACUGAUGAACAACUCCAUUAUCUUGCUAGCAAAGGACUGGACAGGCUCCACUAUGAAGAUGAUCCAUGCGUUAGGUAUGAUGGGAAGGUGUGGGUUUAUUUACAUCGAAAUAGAGGGGAGGAUGACUUUGAGGAAGAUGCUGCGUUUUGUACUUUCUACUUGAGGAGAAAGUAAUGAAAAGUGUACGAUAUUGAAGCAAUUCAUGGAAGAAACUUGCACAUUUUUCACAGUAGGAAAUGACAGAAAGCAGCUAGCUAGCUAUUUUGUUGUGGAUCAAAGUAAACUUGAACUCUGGUCAUAGGUUCAUAUGCUGAUUUUGUACAUGAAGCCAUUACAAAUUCUUCCAUUUUGAUUCUUAUAUUGCAACUGAAGAUUGUUGCUUAUAAUCUACAAACUCUCAAGAAAUUCAAGAAGCCUAAACAGAAAUCAGACAGCUGAGUGGCUCAACCGCCAAAAUAGAAAGCCAAAUGUAUUGGAAGUUUGGGAAAGGAGGUCUCAGUGAUGCAAAACAGUCUGCUAAUGGAGAAAUGAUUCAAAACUUAGUUCUGUAAGGAUUUCGAAACAGCACAUCUCAUACUCCAAAAGGAUCCCGAUUAAGGUGAAGUUUCGACCUAGAAUUUCCUGAUAUUAGUCACAGUUGUUUUGGUUAACAUAUUAAAUCAGGCCAACAAUACUGUUAAUACUGUUAAUAUUCUCGAUUCAUCUUGUACAGUUUGUAAGUUGUAACUGGCAAAUGUGACUGCAGAAAUUUCUGAUGA